AUGUAUUCCCCCAAAGUCGGCGACAGAGUCGAUGCCCUCGACACACCAUCCAUGAUCGCAGAUCUCGAUCUUGUCGAGACUAACAUCAAGAAGCUCAUGGACAAGCUGUUACCAACCGGCCUGGACAUCCGUCCCCAUCUGAAAACGACAAAGAGCGCGAUAUUAGCCGCUAAGAUGGUGAAAGCAGGCGCACAGGGAGGCUGCGUGGCCAAAGUCAGCGAGGCUGAAGUCAUCGCCGCAGCGGGCUUUGAUGACCUAUUUAUCACAUGCGAGAUCAUCGGCCCCGCAAAAGUUCAAAGACUAGUGGAGCUGUACCGCAAUCACCGCAAGAUCAGGAUCGUGGUUGACAGCGAGAUUGGCGCAACGGCCAUAGAUAAGGCUUUGGAUGCAGCCGGCAUCGACGAACCGAUUUCGGUUUUGAUUGACCUCGAUGUUGGGCUUCAUCGCACCGGUGUUCUGCCGGGCGAACCAGCUAUGACCCUGGCACAACAUGUGCAGGGUUUGAAACAUUUGAAACUGAUUGGACUCCAUGGCUAUGAGGGGCAUUUGCAGCAUUUGCAUGAUAAGGAAGAUCGUAAGAGUCAAUGUCUGCAGUCGAUGGGGAUUCUCACGAAUACUGCGGACGUGUUACGGAAGGCCGGCUUCAACAUCGAGGUGGUCACUACAGGAGGAACGGGAACAGCUGAGUUCUGCGCCACAGUACCGGGUGUCACUGAGCUACAGCCUGGGUCAUUUAUUUUCAUGGAUACGGACUACAGAAAUGCCGUGGGCACGUUCUAUUCCAAUAGUCUUACUAUUCUGUCAACUGUUCUGAGCAAACAAGGUCCUCGGUCGGUCACAAUCGACAGUGGCUUGAAAUCGUUGACUACGGAUAGUGGUUUGGCAGAGUGUAAGGAUCCAAGGUACACUUAUGGUGUUCUUGGUGACGAGCAUGGUUCACUCAGUUGGGAGGAGGGUACCCCAGCGCUUGCGGUCGGGGAUCGUGUUGAGAUGGUACCGAGUCACAUUGACCCUACGGUCAACUUGCAUGAUUUCUAUUACGCCCAUCGGCGGGGUGUCAUUGAGGAGAUAUGGCCUGUCGACUCGAGAGGCAAGGUCCAAUAG